CGUGAGAGAGCAGAGCAGGACUCAAGCAUCUCUGGACGGUUUUGGACUUACAGCCUCUACUCUGUUAAGUCUCAUUUCAGGAUGUCUUCACAUGGCAGUUUGUUGAAUGAAGACCAGUUCACGUGCUCUAUAUGCCUGGACGUGUUCACCAAUCCUUCAUCCACACCAUGUGGCCACAGCUUCUGCAUGUCCUGCAUCACCAGAUACUGGGAUGGAUCUGAGAUUUACCGGUGUCCUUUGUGUAAGAAGACCUUCCAGAAGCGACCAGACCUCCAGAUCAACAGGACGCUGCGAGAGAUAACUGAUCAGUUCAAAUCUAUGAGAGGUGGAGGGUCAGUGAAGAAGAAGAAGGGAAGAAAGGGAGUACACAAACAUCACAACGUCAUUGAUGAACUAAAAAUGAAGAUGCCAAAUCCUUUCCAGAAGGAAAUUGUAAAUCUGACCGGCACAACUCAAUCCCAGGCCCGUUCCUUGCCAGCUGUAUCCAUGUCACCUUUGCUUCCACCGGUCAUAACCCCCAUGGCUUUAUCUGUACCAAACCACCAGGGAUCUUCCAGUUACAGCAACAGCCCUGAGCACCAUCAUCAUGACCAUUCUCAUCAUCAUUCCUCUCAUAUGAUAUCCCGCUCCAACAGCCGCAGAAGGUUUACCCUCAGCGGGGCGGCUAGCAGCAAGAAUAUGCCCAUUUGUGAAAUCCAUAAUAGAGGAAUAUUGCUCUAUUGUAAAUCUGACCAAGUGUGCAUCUGUCCUGAAUGUGAGAUUGAAGACCAUAAUGAUCAUGACACCGUUACAGUGGAGACCGAGUGGAUGGAAACUAAGGACUUGCUGAAGGACUCUAAGCAGGAGAUCCAUGAGAUGAUCAGCGAGAGGAGGAGAAAGAUCGAGGAGAUCAAGAUGUCCGUGGUGGAACUGGAGAUGGCGGUAGAGCGGGAGACGUCGGGCAGUGUGUGUCUCUUGACGAUGCUGGCCUCUGCCAUCGAACGCUACCAGGCGGAGCUGAUAGAGGUGAUGGACAACAGCCGCAGGGCCGCGGAGCAAAAGGCCAAUGCCAUGAUUGGGCAGCUGGAGAAGGAUAUAGAAGAACUUGAGAAGAGAGAAAUCGCCCUCGCUGAGCUCGCCCAGUCAGAGGACCAUGUACACUGUGUCAAGACUUUCCCCGGCCUGUCCAGUCGUCCAGUCACCAAAGACUGGUCCAGAGUGUCACUGAAUACUGACCUGGGAACAGCCGCCGUCUACAGAUCUUUGGCAGCUACAGUGGAAAAGUUCCAGGAAGAUCUGAAGAAUGUUCUAGAAACUGGUUUUCCCUCUCCAGUAUUGGAGGCCAGUCCGGUACAAACAAAGCCCAGGGUAAAGAAGAUGCAGGAAUAUGCACUGGAUGUUACUCUGGAUUCCAAUUCUGCCCAUUCCAGACUGGUGCUGUCAGAAGACUUGAAAACUGUGUGGUGCGGAGAACGACACCUCAAUGUACGAGAUACUCCAGAGAGGUUUGACAAAGUUGUCUGUGUCCUGGGAAGAGAAGCGAUCUCUUCUGGAAAACAUUACUGGGAGGUGGAGGUAAAUGGAAAAACUGACUGGGAUCUGGGGGUGGCCCGUCAGUCAGUCAACAGGAAAGGGAAGAUUAAUUACAACCCAAACAAUGGUUUCUGGUUUCUCAGUUUAAGGGACAGACACAAAUAUGCCUUUCGCUCUGAGCCUUGCACAGACGUCAUGAUGAACCUCCGACCUCAUAAGAUUGGAAUAUUUGUGGACUAUGAGAAAGGAGAGGUAUCUUUUUACAACGUUGACGCCAAAGUCCACAUCUGUACUUUCCACGACAUCUUCACUGAAAACCUCUUCCCCUUCUUCAGCCCCUGCACCAAUAAAUCAGGAAAAAACGAAAUGCCUCUGAUCAUCACUCGUGUAAACACGACGGAGUAAAAGCUGCGGUGCUUUCUUAAGUUUCUCAGAUACUUCAGGAUGAAACUGAAGAUCAGGACUGUUCCAGGAGUUGCAGUCUCAGGAUUUAACCUGAUUAACAAUCACUAUUCUGCUUUCUUGUUGAUGGGUCUAAAAAUGACUAACAGUAACAGGAUAACACAACCGUCUCCACCUUGAAAAUAGCUAUUUAUACGUUUGGGUCACAUUUUUAUUAGAUUUUUGUUACCUGAUUGCCAGCGUUUACAAUAACUUUGAUUAGGAAAAUGAGUUUGAUGAGCAUUUGCUGUAGUUUGACAAAAUGACUGCCACGAUGGCCUGAGAGGUACAUUUCUCAGAAACUUCACCAGAAUGUGAAAAUGGACAAUACUUUCUGGCUGAAUUUGGUUUUCCUCUCUUGUACCAUAUUUACCCCUUCUGUUUCCUUCUUCUUUGAUGUUUCCACUUUACUGCACACAAAAUGUGCUUUAUUCAUGUAAUAUACCUUCAACUCUUUACAGUCGAGGUAAAAGCAGUUUGGAUGCCGAGGGAACUUGAGUGCAGAACACUUUUAAUGAUGCUUUGUACAAUACUUUUUGUUUAAAUGUCAUAUUCUGUUACAUUAAAAGUAAAGUUUUUGAAGUAUGGUUCUGUUGAGAUGUUAUUAGCAAUUAACAUCUCACCUGCAGUUGAUGACUCUCUUGGCAUCUUUAUUUUGUAUAAAAGGAGAUUAGUGAGAAAAGUGGAUGUCUGCCAUCCUGAAAUUACUCCAGUCUAAAAACAAUGUAUACAUCUUUAUGUAAACGCUUUCUUACAAACUGUCAAACUAAUAUCAGUUUGCAUCAGCUGGCCACUCAGGAAGCAUUCCCUGUACAUAUGGGCCCAAUAUGUGCAGCAAAUGGGUAAAAUAAUGGUGGUCCCAGGACUUGGCCUGCUUCAGAGGUUGAUUAAAGAGCAGCUCUAAUUUGUGACCCGAUUGCAUAAAACUGAUAAGUUGACUUGUGAAGAGGCCUAUUUACUUUUCAUAACUUCUUUGUUCGACCCAAUUUCAAAACAUUUGUGCCUUUAAUCUGCAAUCACCAGGUAAUAAUUAGAUUAAGAUCAUUAAGAAAUGUGAUAUCUUCAGACCUGUUGAAACAUUGCUCAAUAGUUUCCACCCUUUUUAUCUUGUUGUAUUUGUUUUGUAGUUGUGUUCUGUUUUCUUGUGAUUGAAUCUUACUUCAUGCGAGGCCACUAAGUUAUUGCAUUGACUUUGAAAAACAAGUCUGUGCACAAAAUUCUCCUUUUCCCUUUCAUGUUCUUAAUGCAAUCAUGUUAAUGCCACCGAGAUAAGGCUUUUAUAAGAGAGACCUGCAGCAGCAGUUACUAAGAACAAUAAAGAAAUACAAUUUACAUUGAAAACUGGUCAUAUUAAACACACAAAUGGUGUAGACUUCAGUGAUCUUAACAGAGCUUUCAGUUGAAGAUCAGUUUAUAGUUGAUUAUUGGAAGCUGAAAACCUGAAUGUUUCUUGCCUUGUUCAGUUCGAACUUUGGGAACAACCUUUAAAACAUCCAUUUAUUAGAAAUUUUGAAUUUUUCUUUGUUAAAAGACCAGACAGGUCAGAUGGGGUGUUGCAUAAAAUGGUUUUGUUAACAAAUAAAUACCAACGACUGAGACGACGGGCGCACAGGGACAUCCAGGUAACUUUAGCAUAGAUGAGUAAGGGGGCAGGGUCUUAGUGACCCAUGGUACACACUAUCGAGCAUCCAGAGACAGUGAACAGAAGCAUUCAUAUAAAGCACAUUUCUAUAGUUGUUGUUUCCAGCAAUAUUUGUUUAUAAUGUACUCGGGGUCACCAUGGACCCAACACUUUCUUUUCAAAAAUAUGUUAAACUCACUGCUAAUGUAAUCAAGUUUAAUUUACAGAACUUCAAACAAAUCAGGCCAUUUAUGACAGUAAACUCAGCAAAAAUGUUUUUACAUUCAGUGAUAUUUUCACAUAUAGACGACUGUAUCACAUCCUGGUCACUUACUGGAGAAACAAACUGAGAGACUAUAGAAACCCUUUGUCACAUCAUCACUGCCUUGCCCCCACUCUCUAAAUAUAUUAAAGUCAAACCAGUGCCUCAGCACCAGAGCCUCCUCUGGAGGAGAUGUUGAGAUCCCAAACAGAAGAACAAAAUUUGUACAAACGGUACUGUCAGUGAGAGGAGGUCAGUUUUGGAACACUCUGCCAACAAAAGAGAAUGUCUGUCUUACCUAAUUUUAAAUAAAACAACUUAAAAUGUUUCUUAAAGUAAAUCAGUCCUGUUCUCAUCUUUAACUAUGACUGUAUUUGUAUAGGUUUUAUAUAUUUAUGCUUGAUUUGUGUAUUUGUCAUAUGAGUUGUGUCUGUCUUGGGACUAUAGAUGUAAAUUAGCAGUUUUGCUGCAAUCUAACACAUUGACAAUUUGUGUACAAUUUGUGUGUGAUUAUUCAUUAAUGAUCAAAUAAAUAAAAAAAUCAGUCAGUCA